UCUGACGACUUCAUAUAUUCGACUAAAAUCAAAAGUAUUAUACCCUGGCACAGUGGUGUGUAGAAUAUAGAAAACAUUUUAUGUGAAGAAAUGCUAUGUACUUAAAUACAUAAUCAUAUCAAACAAGAUCUAAUUUUCAGAACACAAAACAACACAAAAACUUGUAAAACGGGUGCUAGAGGAGGUGAAAAGUAGUGCACCAAGAAAAAAUGCAGCAGCAGAGCCAUCCUUUCGAAAGAACCGUACAAGGCAGUUGAGCAGUUCAUGGAUUUUGAAAAACGCAUACAGUCGUCUGAAAACAAGUUUAAUGAUGUGGUUAUUAAACUUCAGUCCAUGGUUUGCGGAAAUCCCAUACGUUUCGUUAAAAUGGUGUGGCGAAAAGUGAUGAGCGAUGAUGCUGCCAGGCAUUUCUGCUGGAAGCGCAUAUCAAACAAACAAGCUAUUACAACCCCCAGUAUGACGGGAGCCCUAAAACAGGUCUACAAUCAAAAAUUUGCCAAUUCGACAGACUUUGAAAGAACCAAUAUGUCCUUUUUUCAUCAGGCUAACAACCGCUUAGUGAAGAAGAAACAGUAUGGAGAAACUAAAGAAAAUGUUCCUGAUGUUAAUUAAAAUUGCUAAAUUACUUUCAAGUUUACUCAAUUUCGGGCUACGCAUCCAUAAUAUUAGUAUAAACAUGUACAACAUAUCGACGGCUCAUAUUCAAUAUCCCUUCUCUGCAGUUUUCACAUAAAUGAAAUUUUCUGAUAUAAAAAUCCACCUAAGACUUAACUCUCAUCGAUGUUGUUAAUGCUGAUCUCCUAUAUCGCUUGUUAGAAGAAUUCGCUAUUGAAUUUCAAAGUUAAAAUUAACAUCAGUGAUGACAGUUAAGUCUCAGAUCGGUUCUAACAUCAGAAAGUACUUUUUGUAAAAAUUGCGGAUAGAGGGUAUUGAAAAAAAGCCCUAUGUACUUUCAGUUAACCGGCCAUACAAAUGGAUAAACUAUUUUUUUCCAGUUUCAUUUUUUAAUUACAUAAGUAAUUGAGU